UUACCAACUCUCGCUGUGACAUAAUAGUUACACCAAUUACCAUCGCGAGAAAAAGCUCCUUCUUCUUUAAUUAUUCAUCGUUUCAAGUUGCGUCACACAAGCCAUUGUGACGUUUGCAGUGGAAGCAGUUUGGCUAAAAGUUGGUAAGGAGGUCAAGCUGUUUACGUUAUGGUGAUGUCAUCAGUAAUUGUUCACGUGAUCAUGACGUCAUUGGUAGUUGUAUACAUCAUGGUGAUGUUAUUUCAUGUGUAAAAAUUUCUAACUUUAAUGUUUAUAGUUAAGCUACGUAAUCGAUAGUUUUUUACGACGUCAUUGAUACGUCAUGGGAAUAAAUGUAAGCAGAGGAAGCAAGAAAGUUUUACGUCACGAUGACGUCACAACUUCUAGAAAUACAAACCUACGUCAUCGGUAUGGACAGGACAUCCGUAAGAGGGCGCUGCAGGCGGAAUAUGAAGCUUGGUUGCGAUCGUUGGGAUCUGUUGAUCACGUGGGUGAGGGUCACGAGGUUGGGGGUCAGGGGAAAAGUUUGUUUCGAAAAGUGACGUCACUAUUAUCAUCGAAGCAGCAUCGAAAGACACCCAUUGUUUGGCCGCAUGACGUCAGAAAGGGUGACGUAAUACCGAAAAUUCGAUUGAGCUUUGCAGAAAGUAAAAACACAAGAAAGCUCCCACCGCUGCCUAGGAGGGAAAGUAAAAAAGAAAUAAACUCAUUCGCGCCACCUAGCGACGAAGAGUUUUACUCUUGGUCGUUUCAAUCUUCAGGAACGGACAAACGAGGUCAACGUUGGGACCAGAGACCCCGGGACCAACCGCUAAAGAAGGAAACAAGCGACAUCGCGAAGUCAGGGUAUCCAGAACGACGUCAUACGUGGGAAAUCCCCUUUGAUUACAACGCAAUUCAAGGUUCGUCAUGCAUCGUUGGGCCCAAGGUACUACCCACUCUAUCGCCAUCUAGCGGUUAUCACUUAGCGACAUCUGGUGUCCAUAAGGCAAACAGCGAUUCGUCCACUACAAACAGAGGGAAAAGAUCACGUGACCAACUCGACUCUGAGAUUAUUACGUCAUCAGGAGGAAGUUCCCCCAAACCGAUAUCAUUAUCAGAAAAACGGAAGUUAAAACGCGUCAUUAAUGAAAUGAGUGACGACUUUCGGCGACAAUUCAUUCAAAAACCAACGGUGGUUCCGCCACAUACAACAGUGGAUUCGCCACAAACAACGGUAGAUUCGCCACAAACAACGGUAGAUUCGGCACAUACAGCGGUAGAUUCGCCACAUACAACGGUAGAUUCGCCACAUACAACGGUAGAUUCGCCACAUACAACGGUAGAUUCGCCACAUGUGAGAACAUUAAACUUUGGGCCGGGCAGCGAGAACUUUUUUCUCCUGGGUUCAAUCAAGAGGUGUCGGGAAAGACUUCGACCUGUUGGAGGUUCAACGGGAGACCAUGACGCAACCGAUGACGUCAUGGAUGACAUGAUACACGAGUUUGAACCUAGGGGGUUAAGGUCGCAUCGACCAAACUCUGAGACGAUGAGCACGCCAACUUUACUGUGGAGAAAAAAUACGAUGGCGUCAUCGAUGACGAGCAUGAAGGAAGUGACGUCACCGUACAAGAACUUUACCGAUUCGUCAACCACUCGUGGCACGUGGUCUACAUCGACCAAUCACACGACGCGUAGCUCGCAUCAAGAUGAUGUCAUACAAGAUGACGUUACAAAGUCAAGCAGUAGCAGCGGAAGUUUCAGAUCAGAUGAUCUUUCCUACGAAACAGACGAAGAUUUCACAGAUCAACCUUCCGAUUCGGGAUACGGCGUUCCUAUUGGUUACCGGUCAUCAGGCGAUCGUUACCAUGGUGAUCGUGAUGCGCAUAGCAACCAACCACGUGACCACGGUCGUCAUAGCAACCAGAUCCCACAGCAACGUAGUCUCGAGGACAAGAUUGACGUCAUGGUGACGUCAUUAAUGGAGAAUAAAUUCCCCACCAGAGCGCGACAGAGAGUUACUUCCGGUGUAUCUGCUGACGUCAUACAGGAUAUGAUCGAGCGCAAAAUCGCGUCGAUUAUGACGCAAAUGAUGAAUCCAAAGUUUCGUAACGAUAUGUGAGAAUAGAAACAAUGCCCCUCACAAUCACCAUUAUGAUGUACCAUUGUUA